AUGGCACCUUUCAAAGUGUUGUAUGGUAGGAGGUGUAGGACACCUGUGUGUUGGUAUGAAUCAGGUGAGAGUAUAAUACUUGGUCUAGAAAUUGUACAACAAACUACCGAGAAAAUCAAGAUGAUAAGAGAAAAGAUGAAAGUUUCUCGGAGUAGGAAGAAGAGCUAUCAUGAUAAGAGAAGGAAGGAUUUAGAAUUUGACAAGGGUGACCAUGUGUUUUUAAAGAGAGUUGGGGAUGUUGCAUACAGGGUGGCCUUGCCACCCGAACUUUCGAAUCUGCACGACGUGUUUCAGGUGUCACUACUUCGGAAAUACAUUUCUAACAUGUCUCAUGUUAUUCCAAGGGAUGAGGUGCAGGUCCGGGACAACUUUAUGGUAGAGGCAACAUCAAUAAGGAUUGAAGACCGUAAGAUAAAACAGUUAAGGGGAAAAGAUAUCCCCUUAGUAAUAGUUGCUUGGGGAGGAGCUGCUGGAGGAAGUGUAGCCUCAGAGUUAGAGAGCAAGAUGCGAGAGUUGUAUCCAGAACUAUUAUCGUCAGAUACAUUUUCGAGGACAAAAAUAUUCUAA